UUUAAUUUUGAAGAGGAGACACCAACAACAAACUUUGACACCUUUCCAGCAGCCAUUCUCACAGUUUUCCAGGUGAUGUUUACAAAAUGCUCAAUGAAGUUGUGCUUUGUUUGCCUUUUGAAAAUCACUUUAUAUUAUAACUACUGUAAUACCAUUAGCUAAAUCUGUGACAAUAUGUUUGUGUCUCCUAGAUUCUGACAGGAGAGGACUGGAAUGCAGUGAUGUAUCAUGGGAUAGAGUCCCAGGGGGGCGUUCGGCGGGGAAUGUUCUCCUCCAUCUACUUCAUCGUUCUCACCCUGUUUGGAAACUGUAUCCUAUCUGGAUGAUCGACCUGCAUUGAUUAAAUCAAAUCACAUUUUAUUUGUCACAUGCUUCGAAAACAACAGGUGUAGACUAACAGUGAAACGCUAACUUACGGGCCUUCCCAACAAUGCAGAGAGAGAAAAAAUAUUAAAAUAUUAAAAAUAAUAACACGAGGAAUAAGUACACAAUGAGUAACGAAUGAUAAUUUCUCUAUAAGCAUCAUGGGGCCUGUGAUAGUAACAUGAUUUAGCAUAGAUUUUUACACUAUAACAAUGUUGCGAGCUCACAGAACAGGGCUCCGGGCAGCCGAGCGGAAAUGGAGGAAAACUAGACUCCUUGCCGACCUGUCAUCUUUUCACUCCCUCCUCUCUACAUUUUCUUCCUCUGUUUCUGCUGCUAAAGCCACUUUCUACCACUUUAAAUUUCAAGCCUCUGCCUCUAACCCUAGGAAGCUCUUUGCCACAUUCUCCUCCCUGCUGAAUCCUCCUCCUCCUCCUUCUCCCUCCUACCUCUCUGUGGAUGACUUCGUCAACCAUUUUGAAAAGAAGGUUGACGACAUCCGAUCCUCAUUUAUUAAGUCAAAUGACACCGCUGGUCCUGCUCACACUGCCCUACCCUAUGCUUUGACUUCUUUCUCCCCUCUCUCUCCAGAUGAAAUCUUGCGACUUGUGACGGCAGGCCGCCCAACAACCUGCCCGCUUGACCCUAUCCUCUCCUCUCUUCUCCAGACCAUUUCCGGAGACCUUCUCCCUUACCUCACCUCGCUCAUCAACUCAUCAUUGAACACUGGCUAUGUCCCUUCCGACUUCAAGAGAGCGAGAGUUGCACCCCUUCUCAAAAAACCUACACUCGAUCCCUCCGAUGUCAACAACUACAGACCAGUAUCCCUUCUUUCUUUUCUCUCCAAAACUCUUGAGUGUGCCGUCUUUAGCCAACUCUCUUGCUAUCUCUCUCAGAAUGACCUUCUUGAUCCAAACCAGUCAGGUUUCAAGACUGGUCAUUCAACUGAGACUUCUCUUCUCUGUGUCACGGAGGCUCUCCGCACUGCUAAAGCUAACUCUCUCUCCUCUGCUCUCAUCCUUCUAGAUCUAUCUGCUGCCUUUGAUACUGUGAACCAUCAGAUCCUCCUCUCCACCCUCUCCGAGUUGGGCAUCUCCGGCGCGGCUCACUCUUGGAUUGUGUCCUACCUCACAGGUCGCUCCUACCAGGUGGCGUGGCGAGAAUCUGUCUCCGCACCACGUGCUCUCACCACUGGUGUCCCCCAGGGCUCAGUUCUAGGCCCUCUCCUAUUCUCUCUAUACACCAAGUCACUUGGCUCUGUCAUAUCCUCACAUGGUCUCUCCUAUCAUUGCUACGCAAACGACACACAAUUAAUCUUCUCCUUUCCCCCUUCUGAUAACCAGGUGGCGAAUCGCAUCUCUGCAUGUCUGGCAGACAUAUCAGUGUGGAUGACGGAUCACCACCUCAAGCUGAACCUCGGCAAGACGGAGCUGCUCUUCCUCCCGGGGAAGGACUACCCGCUCCAUGAUCUCGCCAUCAUGGUUGACAAACUCCGUUGUGUCCUCCUCCCAGAGUGCAAAGAGCCUUGGCGUGACCCUGGACAACACCCUGUCGUUCUCCGCUAACAUCAAAGCGGUGACCCGAUCCUGUAGGUUCAUACUCUACAACAUUUGCAGAGUACGACCCUACCUUACACAGGAAGCGGCACAGGUCCUAAUCCAGGCACUUGUCAUCUCCCGUCUGGAUUACUGCAACUCGCUGUUGGCUGGGCUCCCUGCCUGUGCCAUUAAACCCCUACAACUCAUCCAGAACGCUGCAGCCCGUCUGGUGUUCAACCUUCCCAAGUUCUCUCAUGUCACCCCACUCCUCAGCACAUUCCACUGGCUUCCAGUUGAAGCCUGCAUCUGCUACAAGACCAUGGUGCUUGCUUACGGAGCUAUGAGGGGAACGGCACCUCCGUACCUUCAGGCUCUGAUCAGUCCCUACACCCAAACGAGGGCAUUGGGUUCAUCCACCUCUGGCCUGCUGGCCCCCCUACCUCUGCGGAAGCACAGUUCCCGCUCAGCCCAGUCAAAACUGUUCGCUGCUCUGGCACCCCAAUGGUGGAACAAGCUCCCUCACGACGCCAGGACAGCGGAGUCACUCACCACCUUCCAGAGACACUUGAAAACCCACUUCUUUAAGGAAUACCUGGGAUAGGAUAAAAGUAAUCCUUCUACCCUCCCCCUACCCCACCCCACCCCACCCCUUUACAAAAAUUUUUUUUUGAGGGGGGAGAAAGAAGUCAAAGCAUAGGGUAGGGCAGUGUGAGCAGGACCAGCGGUGUCAUUUGACUUAAUAAAUGAGGAUCGGAUGUCGUCAACCUUCUUUUCAAAAUGGUUGACGAAGUCAUCCACGGAGGAGGAGGAGGAUUCAGCAGGGAGGAGAAGGUGGCAAAGAGCAUCCUAGGGUUAGAGGCAGAGGCUUGAAAUUUAGAGUGGUAGAAAGUGGCUUUAGCAGCAGAAACAGAGGAAGAAAAUGUAGAGAGGAGGGAGUGAAAAGAUGACAGGUUGGCAGGGAGUCUAGUUUUCCUCCAUUUCCGCUCGCCUGCCCGGAGCCCUGUUCUGUGAGCUCGCAAUGAGUCGUCUAGCCACGGAGCAGGAGUGGAGGACCGAGCCGGCCGGGAGGAUAGGGGACAUAGAGAGUCAAAAGAUGCAGAAAGGGAGGAGAGGAGGGUUGAGGAGGCAGAAUCAGGAGAUUGCAUAGGCUGAGAUUAACUCUGCCUUGUUGGCCGCAGAACGGUAGUUCCAGAGACUGCCGGAGACCUGGAACUCCACGUGGGUCGUGCGUGCAGGUACCACCAGGUUAGAGAUGCAGCAGCCACGCGUGUGAGGCAUUUGUAUGGCCUGUGCGGAGAGGAGAGAACAGGGAUAGACAGACACAUAGUUGACAGGCUACAGAAAAGGCUACACUAAUGCAAAGGAGAUCGGAAUGAAAUUAACUAAACAUCUGGGGAAACGAGGCCUCCCUCACUAACCUUUCACUGAAACACUCAAAUACAACUCUUCCAACUUCCACUUUAGAAAUUAUAAUUGCUGUAAUCUACAGUAGUUCAAUGUUUCCAGGAAUAGAAUAACUUAGUUUAUUCAGCUAGCUAACUUGGUACAGUAUUCUUCUGUGAAAACCGCCCAGGGCACCGUAUCCUAUGACGCCAUAGCUAACUAGCAUGCUAGCAUCCAAUAACACACGGUUUAGCACCAAUACUUGGUUACAACAAACUACCAAUGGAUCAGUCAUGUCCGUGUCUAGUUCCAUUCAUAACGCAGAAGUAAUUAAACUUUGGCUAGCUAGCACAAAGUCAGUCAUGCUAGCUACACAAGUGGACUACACAUCUCGAAUGUUCAGAAAGUGAAGCUUACGUUGCAAAAUUCUCAUUGACUAAAAUGAUACAGUACUGCUAGCUGGUAAUGUUGGCUAGCUAGCAGUGGCUGCGGUGUUGACUGUUUGAUAAUGUAGCUGGCUAGCUAACCUCGAUAGUUUCUCUAUACUACACCUUUGUCUUUGAUACCAAGACAACUAUGUAGCUAGCUAACUUUACACUAAUCAUGCUGGUAGAAAUGAGGUAAAACGGAUUUAAGUUUUCCUGCAUUAAAGUCCCCGACCACUAGGAGUGCCGCUUCUGGAUGAGCAUUUUCUUGUUUGCUUAUGGCCUUAUACAGCUCGUUUACUGUGAUCUUAGUGCCAGCAUCGGUUUGUGGUGGUAAAUAGACAGCUACAAAAAAUAUAGAUGAAAACUCUCUUGGUAGAUGGUGUGGUCUACAGCUUAUCAUGUCGUACUCUACCUCAGGCGAGCAAAACAUCAAAACCUUAUUGACAAAUAAACACAGACCACCGCCCUUCGUCUUACCGGAGGUAGCUGUUCUGUCUUGCCGAUGCACGGAAAAUCCAGCCAACUGUAUAUCUAUGUUGUCGUUCAGCCACAGUGUUUAAUGUCCCGUUGGUAGGAUAGUCUCAAACAGAGCUCAUCCAGUUUAUUCUCAAGUGAUUGCACGUAUGCCAAUAGGACGGAUGGUAGAAGUGGGUUACCCACUCGCUGACGAAUUCUCACAAGGUACCCGGAUUUGCGCCUCUGUAUCUCCGUCUCCUCUUCAUGUGAAUGAUGGGGAUUUGAGACUGGUCCAGAAGCAGCAGUAAAUGCUUCGCGUCAUACUCAUUAAAGAAAAAAUCUUCGUCCAGUUAAAGGUGAGUAAUCGCUGUUCUGAUAUCCAGAAGCUCUUUUCGGUCAUAGGAGACGGUAGCAGAAACAUUACGUACAAAAUAAGUUACAUACAAUGCGAAAAAACACACAAAAUACCACAAUUGGUUAGGAGCCCGUAAAACGGCAGCCAUCCCCUCCGGCGCCAUUUUCUUUCCUAUGAUCUUCUAUGUAGAAGAACCCCUUACCUUCUAACAACUCUUGCGUAGCUUGUAAACAAAACAUGUUGAAUGUGCAGGUUCAUGCGAGUCUCAGUUUUUGAUAGAUAGCUUUUAAUAGUUUGUCGCUCAAGCCAUUCGGACUCUACAGACAUUUUUGCAAAAAGACCCAGCCCCGGUCCCCUUCGGGAUCCACCCUUGUCUCACCAACACCGCUCUAGCUCUGUCCCCGUUUAUCACAUAAACUAAUGGUCUUUAGCUCAAACACAAAAUGUUUAAAAGGGGUUAGAAAACCAAAAUGCGCCGCCGUUAUAGUGGGACUCAUUGGGUUAAAGGCUCCUUAACAGCUUCUACCCCCAAGCCAUAAGACUGCUGAACAGUUAAUGAAAUGGCCACCCGCUGUUUAUUAUCUAUGCAUAGUCACUUUACCCCUACCUACAGUGAGGGGAAACAGUAUUUGAUCCCCUGCUGAUUUUGUACGUUUGCCCACUGACAAAGAAAUGAUCAGUCUAUAAUUUUAAUGGUAGGUUUAUUUGAACAGUGAGAGACAGAAUAACAACAAAAAAAUCCAGAAAAAACGCAUGUCAAAAAUGUUAUAAAUUGAUUUGCAUUUUAAGGCAUUUUGACCCCUCUGCAAAACAUAACUUAGUACUUGGUGGCAAAACCCUUGUUGGCAAUCACAGAGGUCAGACGUUUCUUGUAGUUGGCUACCAGGUUUGCACACAUCUCAGGAGGGAUUUUGUCCCACUCCUCUUUGCAGAUCUUCUCCAAGUCAUUAAGGUUUCGAGGCUGACGUUUGGCAACUCGAACCUUCAGCUCCCUCCACAGAUUUUCUAUGGGAUUAAGGUCUGGAGACUGGCUAGGCCACUCCAGAACCUUAAUGCGCUUCAUCUUGAGCCACUCCUUUGAUGCCUUGGCCGUGUGUUUUGGGUCAUUGUCAUGCUGGAAUACCCAUCCACGACCCAUUUUCAAUGCCCUGGCUGAGGGAAGGAGGUUCUCACCCAAGAUUUGACGGUACAUGGCCCCGUCCAUCGUCCCUUUGAUGCGGUGAAGUUGUCCUGUCCCCUUAGCAGAAGAACACCCCCAAAGCAUAAUGUUUCCACCUCCAUGUUUGACGGUGGAGAUGGUGUUCUUGGGGUCAUAGGCAGCAUUCCUCCUCCUCCAAACACGGCGAGUUGAGUUGAUGCCAAAGGCAUAUUAUGCCAAAGAGCUUGAUUUUGGUCUCAUCUGACCACAACACUUUCACCCAGUUCUCCUCUGAAUCAUUCAGAUGUUCAUUGGCAAACUUCAGACGGCCCUGUAUAUGUGCUUUCUUGAGCAGGGGGACCUUGCGGGCGCUGCAGGAUUUCAGUCCUUCACGGCGUAGUGUGUUACCAAUUGUUUUCUUGGUGACUAUGGUCCCAGCUGCCUUGAGAUCAUUGACAAGAUCCUCCCGUGUAGUUCUGGGCUGAUUCCUCACCGUUCUCAUGAUCAUUGCAACUCCACGAGGUGAGAUCUUGCAUGGAGCCCCAGGCCGAGGGAGAUUGACAGUUCUUUUGUGUUUCUUCCAUUUGCGAAUAAUCGCACCAACUGUUGUCACCUUCUCACCAAGCUGCUUGGCGAUGGUCUUGUAGCCCAUUCCAGCCUUGUGUAGGUCUACAAUCUUGUCCCUGACAUCCUUGGAGAGCUCUUUGGUCUUGGCCAUGGUGGAGAGUUUGGAAUCUGAUUGAUUGAUUGCUUCUGUGGACAGGUGUCUUUUAUACAGGUAACAAGCUGAGAUUAGGAGCACUCCCUUUAAGAGUGUGCUCCUAAUCUCAGCUCGUUACCUGUAUAAAAGACACCUGGGAGCCAGAAAUCUUUCUGAUUGAGAGGGGGUCAAAUACUUAUUUCCCUCAUUAAAAUGCAAAUCAAUUUAUAACAUUUUUUACGUAUUUUUCUGGAUUUUUUUGUUGUUAUUCUGUCUCUCACUGUUCAAAUAAACCUACCAUUAAAAUUAUAGACUGAUCAUUUCUUUGUCAGUGGGCAAACGUACAAAAUCAGCAGGGGAUCAAAUACUUGUUUACCUCAUUGUACAUAUUACCUUAAUUACCUCGACUAACCUGUACCCCCGCACAUUGACUUGGUACCGGUACCCCCUGUAUAUAGCCUCGUUAUUGUUAUUUAAUUGUGUUACUUUUUUAUUACUUUAGUUUAUUUAGUAAAUGUUUUCUUAACUCUUAUUUUUUCUUAACUGCAUUGUUGGUUAAGGGCUUGUAAGUAAUAAUUUCACAGUAAGGUCUACACCUGUUGUAUUCAGUGCAUGUGACAAAUAAAAUGUUUGAUUUGCGUUAAAGGGGCAGUGUUGUAUUUUGAGACCUGCUUGAAUAUGCAAAAAAGCCAAUAGGCAGAGUGUAGCCUACAUUUUUGUCUGAUUCUCUAUGGUAAAAAAUAUUGUAAAGUGUUUUAUUUUGUAAAGUGCUUCCUUGCAUCAUACAAUGCCGUAAAAAUGGUGGUACAGACCUUUUUCUUUGUUGGGACAAGUAACUUGAGCUUUUGGAUAAGUAAAAAAUCUGUCCUACUUGUGUCAUAAAAUAGUUAAUGUCAAGCCUUGCUGUAUAGGAUGAUUAGGAUCCGAUGUAAAUAUUGAUUGACUGAUUAACUGUUUGAACUUUCCUGACCCCUCACUGAUCAGACACUCUCCUCAAUGUCUUCUUGGCCAUCGCUGUUGACAACCUUGCAAACGCACAGGAGCUCACUAAGGUACAGUACAUAGUACAGUCGGGCUUUCAGCCUCUGAACGAGAGCGAGAGAGCGAGAGUUCAGCUGAUGAUCCAUCAUAAAAGUCAGCUGUCUAAUCAAACGCCACAUGGAAUUUCAUCCCUGUAUUUAUGCUUGUUGAAUUAGAGAGGUAAUAUUCCUAUUAGGAUAUAUAGUGCCUUACUUUACUGGUUCUUUAACCCUGUUGUCUGGGUGCUGUUCUGGGAUGACUGAUGUUUAUCCUGGUCAAUAACUCAAGGCAAUGAACCUCCUAACUGGAGGGAAGAGGCUUAAAUCUUAGCGGCCACUCCAGAAAGAGUUGAUGGCGUUGAUUUGUUGGCUUGUGGCAGGGCUUAUCAUCAUGUCUCCAUUGAUGGCUCUCCUACCCACCCCUGGGUGAUAUUAUUUCCUCUGUGUGUAUGUGCUCCCCAGGACGAGGAGGAGCAGGAGGUGGCCAUCACCAAGAAGAUGGCCCUCCAGAAGGUCAAGGAGGUGAAGGAGGUUAGCCCCAUGUCGGCAGCUAACAUCUCCAUCACAGUGUAAGUCAUGAUCUGGCGUUUGAUCCAGUUUCCCCCUGCUACCCCCCCUGCCCUCCCCCCAAGCACACCACACUGUCUCCCCCUCCUGAGAGAUGCUCUUUUAUAUUAUUUUAAGUUUGUCUACAUGAGAUGUUGUGUUGUUUGUGGCUCUGCAUACUGUAAGUUGUAUUAUCCUGUCUGUAGGCCCAGUUUUUUGUUGAUUGUGUUCUUCUGAGUUUUGUAUGAUUCAACCCUUCUGUUCCCAGUGUUUUGAUAGAUCAUGUGUUCUCUCUUUGAGUCACUGUAGGGCUCAAUGUUGUAAAUGUGUGAGAAGCAAUUAGUAAAAGGCUUUAGAAGGGUCAGAGAUACCUUAAUACUCUGGCUCCCACCCCUACAUAGGCUACACAGUAUGCUGUACACAGGCCAACAUGGAGCGGAGAGGGCAAUGCCAGCAAGGUAAUUUAAUAAACAAUGAGCACAGAUUGAGCAUGCAACGCUGUACAUUCAGACACAUGGUUCUGUGGUUCUGUGGUGUAUACCAUUGUUGGACCCCACCACUAAUCUCUUUCGCGUGACAGGCACUUAACAUAAAAUGUCAAUUGAGCUAGCUAAAUAGAUAGUCCACAUGAGAUUUCGAGCAUAUCAGUCAUUGUAUGUGGCAUAUCAGUCACUGACGUUCACCUGUAUGUAUAACACCUGCAAUUAGUGUCUUCAUAGUAGAUGGUAGCAGGAUAUGUGAUUCUGUUAUUGUUUUAAAUGUUUUGUCUUAAAUGUUUCAAAGCACUGUUUUAUCUUGUUAUUUAAAAAAUGUGAUGUAGCCAUCAAUUUGUAGAACCUUAUUAAUAUGGGUUUUGAGAAUUUUUUCCUCCAUAUAUCCUCAAACAAAUUAUAAAUGUAAUGUAAUCGGACUUGAAACAUGGCCACCUAUAAAUCUCUUGCAUAGAGAUUUUUGUCUCUGCAAUGUGAGAUAUGACUAUAUUCACUAUUGUCUUGGAGGUUGAAUGUCUCAAAACUGCUGCUAUCAUUCCUUUGUUUCCUCAAUCUGUUGGUCUCAAACUGAGAUUCCCAUUGAGUUGACGCCUAAUGGGAAAGUACAGGGACAGACAGACGGAUGGAUGAAUGGAAAGAGGGUGUCCUGGCCUCCUUCUGACCCUGAACUCUCCCACUCUUUUGUUCUCCCUCCCCCAACUUUUGUUUUUUUGCAUGUGCAGUUUUGUAAAGCAAAGUCAAGGUGCAAUCUCUCGCAGCUCGUCCGUCUGCAGCGUUAAUUCACUGUGAGUGUUUACUCUCCGUUACACUUUACUCCAUCACCCUCCUCCUCCUCCUCCUCCUCCUCCUCCUCCUCCCUAGCCUGGGUCCCAUUCACUAUGUACAGUAGCCAAUUAAUCUAUCGUUAUCAUGCCUAAUGUUGAGCUUGGCUGUAAACGAACACUGGACCAACAGCCUACCUCCCCUCCCCCUGUCUCCCCCUUGACUCUGAACUGUUCUCCUGAGCAUGGUGUCAUACCAUUAUGAGUAUUCCACUGUGUAGAACUGUUGCAGAUGAAUGUGGAAGCCUUUCUCAGAAACAGGUGUCAUGAUAUGGUAUGCUCAUGCUGUAUCUACAUGUGUUUGUCAUGAUGGACCAGUGAAUAUAUUGAAUACUGUACAUCUGCACUUGUUGCAGUGACUGAGCUCUCCUCGUGACUCUCCCUCUCUAAAGAAUGACUUCCUGCCUAUGCUGGGUUCACCACUCAGAGGUGGUGUGUUGUGCUGCUGGGCUGGGCUCAGUUAACAGCAGGCCCCUGUUGUGUAGAGCAGACGUUCUGUAGGGGAGGGACUGAAAGCCGUUCUCACUCCCUGUCUUAAUGACCCACAGCAAAGCCACUAGAAACUGUUGCUGACGCUCAGUGAGUCAGCAGUUCCAUCUGAGCAGGUUUGUAAUGGCCACCAUGUGCCACGGGACCAGAUGCCACUGCCAGGCAGCUGGAGAGGCAAAACACACACACACACAAACUUGCACGGAUGUACACACACGCACACACACACACACACACAACUGAAAUACCCUUUGUUUGGCUGAAGUGCCAUGCCACUCAUUUAUAUUAGGGACUAGUGUUUCAUAUUUACAAGGAUAAUAUAACCUGGGGGUAGGAUUGUUUAAGAUAACGUCAGGUACUAAGUAUCCUUAUUGUUGUGCAAUACCAACAUCUGGGUCUUUCCCUUGGCUUCUUUAUUUUCAGUUCUCCUCUCAGUGAAGUAAGUUCUUUGGUUUCUGUGUUAUUCGUGUCGCCCCAUGUUUCUCCUCUUUCAGUCUUUCUAAACUCUUGUUUCCCCCUGUGUUUGUUUUCAAUGUCUCCUAACCUGUUGAUGGCACUUUUAGGGAGCUUACUCUUAGUCUGCCCCUUGUUUGUUUCAAUGUGCUCCUUUAUGUGUUGUAGGAGUUAUGUCUGCUCCCCAGUCCAUCACUACUUGAGGUAAACUAACUUAUGGUGGCCAUGACAAUCUACUUGUAUAACAUAGUAAGAGACAGAAUAACAACCAAAAAAUCCAGAAAAACGCAUGUCAAAAAUGUUAUAAAUUGAUUUGCAUUUUAAUGAGGGAAAUAAGUAUUUGACCCCCUCUCAAUCAGAAAGAUUUCUGUCUCCCAUGUGUCUUUUAUACAGGUAACGAGCUGAGAUUAGGAGCACACUCUUAAAGGGAGUGCUCCUAAUCUCAGUUUGUUACCUGUAUAAAAGACACCUGUCCACAGAAGCAAUCAAUCAAUCAGAUUCCAAACUCUCCACCAUGGCCAAGACGAAAGAGCUCUCCAAGGAUGUCAGGGACAAGAUUGUAGACCUACACAAGGCUGUAAUGGGCUACAAGACCAUCGCCAAGCAGCUUGGUGAGAAGGUGACAACAGUUGGUGCGAUUAUUCGCAAAUGGAAGAAACACAAAAUAACUGUCAAUCUCCCUCGGCCUGGGGCUCCAUGCAAGAUCUCACCUCGUGGAGUUGCAAUGAUCAUGAGAACGGUGAGGAAUCAGCCCAGAACUACACGGGAGGAUCUUGUCAAUGAUCUCAAGGCAGCUGGGACCAUAGUCACCAAGAAAACAAUUGGUAACACACUACGCCGUGAAGGACUGAAAUCCUGCAGCGCCCGCAAGGUCCCCCUGCUCAAGAAAGCACAUAUACAGGCCCGUCUGAAGUUUGCCAAUGAACAUCUGAAUGAUUCAGAGGAGAACUGGGUGAAAGUGUUGUGGUCAGAUGAGACCAAAAUCGAGCUCUUUGGCAUCAACUCAACUCGCCGUGUUUGGAGGUGGAGGAAUGCUGCCUAUGACCCCAAGAACACCAUCAAACAUGGAGGUGGAAACAUUAUGCUUUGGGGGUGUUUUUCUGCUAAGGGGACAGGACAACUUCACCGCAUCAAAGGGACGAUGGACGGGGCCAUGUACCAUCAACCUUGGGUGAGAACCUCCUUCCCUCAGCCAGGGCAUUGAACAUGGGUCGUGGAUGGGUAUUCCAGCAUGACAAUGACCCAAAACACACAGCCAAGGCAACAAAGGAGUGGCUCAAGAAGAAGCACAUUAAGGUCCUGGAAUGGCCUAGCCAGUCUCCAGACCUUAAUCCCAUAGAAAAUCUGUGGAGGGAGCUGAAGGUUCGAGUUGCCAAACGUCAGCCUCGAAACCUUAAUGACUUGGAGAAGAUCUGCAAAGAGGAGUGGGACAAAAUCCCUCCUGAGAUGUGUGCAAACCUGGUGGCCAACUACAAGAAACGUCUGACCUCUGUGAUUGCCAACAAGGGUUUUGCCACCAAGUACUAAGUCAUGUUUUGCAAAGGGGUCAAAUACUUAUUUCCCUCAUUAAAAUGCAAAUCAAUUUAUAACAUUUUUUACAUGUGUUUUUCUGGAUUAUUUUGUUGUUAUUCUGUCUCUCACUGUUCAAAUAAACCUACCAUUAAAAUUAUAGACUGAUCAUGUCUUUGUCAGUGGGCAAACGUACAAAAUCAGCAGGGGAUCAAAUACUUUUUUCCCUCACUGUACAUAACUUCCUGGUGAUGACCAUCAUCAUCAUCGUGUUUACAUUAUUGAAGCAGGAUGGAACCAAAAUCUUGUCCCGCUUCUUUACUUUGCCCUACAUAUUCAUUUAUCAUCUCCUCCUUAUAGUGUACCGUAUACUAUACUGUAAAUUCACUCAAAUAAUCCCCUGCCACCUCUCCAUUCACCCCUAAGUCAGAGACUUCAUAGUUUAGAGCUAUACUCUGUUCUCAGGUAAGUAAUGGAGGAAAGAUUGGAGCCCUGGGGUUGAACAUGACUACUAGGCUAUAACAAGUAGACAUGAUAGAAUAUAUAGUUUUCAUACCGUUGUAGGAAAGUUAAUACUGUUUUCUACACAGCAAAGGAAGUCAUGUUUGAUGUAUUGGAAUACGUGUGGUAGGUAGACUACUGAUUUAGAAUGCAUGUGUUCAACCAUUUCAAAGUACUCUACAGACACGCAAAUGAAGCAUGUCAGAGCAUGGUCUUGGUCUACCAUGCUUGGCCUGUCCAUAAAGACUCUCUUUUUACCUGUGGUAAUGGAGUGGGACCGGACUGUUUUGCUGUGAAGAAACCUCCAUACUGUAUAUAAAUUGUAUGUCUUAUUAUCCUUCUCUUCAAAUACAUAAUAAAUACAUAUAACUCAUGCAGUAAAGGACACUUUUUCAGUGUACCCUAUUAAAGGUGAACUACGCUGUCCCUCUGACCUGUCUGUCCACCUGCAGUAAGGAGCAGCAGAAGUCUCUGAAGAUGAUGUCAGUGUGGGAGCAGCGCACCACUCAGCUGAGGAGACACAACCUGCGGGCCAGCAGUGAGGCCCUGUACAGCGAGCUGGACCCUGAGGAGAGGCUGCGCAUGUCCUCCGCCCUGCACAUCCGCCCUGACAUGAAGACCCACCUGGACCGGCCCCUGGUCGUGGAGCCCCACGACGGCCCCGGCCCCAUGGGCCACCUCAAGCCCCGGACCCCUGAGGAGACAGAUAUCCCUGGGGACCAGGCCGGCCCCCAGCCACGCAGGCGCCACCGGGACAGGGAGAGACCCAUCGAUGAGGCCAAUGAGAAUGGAGAUCCAGGCAAAGAGGGUAGGCACCAUGUCCAUCACAGUCGCAGCAAGGACCCCGACGGGACUCGGGGUAAGGAGGGGAAGAGUGAGCGGUCGCACAACCGAGUGGGUGGCAGGAGGCACCACCACCAGACCUCAGUGGACGAGGAAGGAGGAGGGGGAACUGGAACGGGGGAGAGAGAGCACCGCCACCACCAUUCCCACAGACAGGCCAGAGAGGGUAACGGCACUGUCAACAGCGGACGCAAGGACGAGCGCAGGUCACGCCACAAAGAUGGCCGCUCGGGAGAGAGGUGCUCCAGGGGAGAGAACGGGGCCAAUGGGGAGAGGAGGAGACACAAGACCCACAGCUCCAGGGGCCAGUCCACACUGGAGGGAGAGGAGCACAGUGAGAGGGGGAAGGGCCACAAGUAAGACUGUCUCAGUCCCUGUCUCUCUGUUACUUCUCCUGAUGACAUCUACAUGACUAUAUUGGUUAACUACUGCAAAUCUAUAUGGUACAUCAUUUCGCAAUGAUGAGAGCAUAUCCUAUAACGUUAUUUUAGAGGAAUAGAUGUAUUCCUAGUACCAAAGAUCAAUGAGUUGUGCUAUAUGGUCAUUCCCUCUGUUUCCCAGGGACAAAUAUGUGGAGUCCGAGGGCGACUCCCUGGCCACUAGCCCCCAGCAGGACCCUGGAGAUCAGAGGUGGGGCACAGAGAUAGCUGAGGACUCAGACAACCAGAGGAACGUCAGACGGACAGGACAGACAGCCGUCCACAUCCCCCCUGACACCUUCACCUCCCCGCCUGGAGAGACCACCCUUAUCCCCAGUCAGUACCAACCUUAACCCUAACACUCAUUCCCAGUCAGUGUCCUGUGUUGCUAAGGUAUAUCUAAACCUUUGUGUCUGUGUCCCAGUGAACAGUAUAGACUGUGAGACCAUGCCUAUGAACGAGGAGAAGAAGACCCUGGAGGAGCUGACUCGGAGCGGACCCAGACCCAUCCUCCCAUACAGCUCCAUGUUUGUGUUUGGCCAGACCAACGUGUGAGUGGGCCACGUGGACAGCUCUACUAUAUGCUACACAACUCAUACCAUUCAAACCACACACACUCUGCCUUCCAUUUAGUCCCAGGCUACAUGAUAACAUUGUCACAUGGCCCCACGUUUAACUCCUGUUAACAUUUUAGUGCAUAUCUUAAAGGCAAUUAACAGCCAGCCACUGUGAUAGCCUGUCUAUAUGCAGCCAGCCACUGUGAUAGCCUGUCUAUAUGCAGCCAGCCACUGUGAUAGCCUGUCUAUAUGCAGCCAGCCACUGUGAUAGCCUGUCUAUAUGCAGCCAGCCACUGUGAUAGCCUGUCUAUAUGCAGCCAGCCAUUACUAGGAACAGUGUUUAAAUUAGCUGAUGUCUCUCAGGUGAGCUGUGUAUGGACUAUAGGAUCUAUUUCUCUCUCUCUCUCUCUCUCUCUCUCUCUCUCUCUCUCUCUCUCUCUCUCUCUCUCUCUCUCUCUCUCUCUCUCUCUCUCUCUCUCUCUCUCUCUCUCUCUCUCUCUCUCUCUCUCUCUCUCCCUCUUUCCAGGGUGCGGCGUCUGUGUCAUUACAUUGUGAGUCUGCGGUACUUUGAAAUGUGUAUCCUGGUAGUGAUAUCUAUGAGUAGCAUUGCAUUGGCUGCAGAGGACCCUGUCCAGGCCAACGCUCCACGCAACAAUGUGAGUCUACACACACACACACACACACACACCACACACACAGGCAGACAUGCCAGACACACACACACACACGCCCCCUCAAUCUGGCAGCCAUAGUCAGUACAUCUACAUGUAUACCAAGGAUGGGCAACUUUGAUGGGGGUGGGGGCCACAAAAAAUAUGGGGCGCAGUCCCAACAACAACAAAAAAUACUGAUCUAAAAUGUUUUUGCUGACACGGGCUAAUUGAGUGACUGUCAGGGACUGACAUAACGAGAUAAAAACUGCUGAUGCACAACAUUUUGGGGAAAUUGAUCUGCGGGCCGCCAGUUGCCCAUCCCUGAUUUACAUCUACACGGUCAUGACAUCUCCGAUGACUCAGUCAGAAAAAUAAUGACAGGUGUGACAACAAAGUUAAUCAAAAUCUAUCUGUAAGCAAGGAGAGGAUCAGACAGCUGUUCAAAUGAGCUGGAGGAAUAAUAACAUUUGCAUGGCCUCUUUUUUAUUACUAAUGCACUCUCGCUCUCCUGUUCAGGUGCUCAAGUAUCUGGACUACGUCUUCACGGGAGUUUUCACAUUUGAGAUGGUGAUUAAGGUAAGAGCUUGGAUAGCACUGAUGUUUACUACAUGCGAAAUGACUGAACAAAAAUAACAUGUUUUCAGAUCCCUUUUGGCAGCUGUCUUAGACUUCCACUAUGUUUGACUAGAAUUGAUUUCUUUGUUUUUCACUCAGUUACUUCUAUAGUUGUAUUGGCCUCAUGCCACAUACCAUGUUAAAUUAAAUGCAUUACUAAAUGAGAGCACUUUAAUAAUAAUAAUAAUGAUUUAUUACUUUUCUAUAGCGCUUUUCAUAGAAUCUCAAAGCGGUUCAAGAGCAAAAAAAACUAAACAAGCAAUAGACCUAUACUGUAUCAUGACAGGUCAACUAAUAGAGGCCAAGUCUAUGAUAGCUGCAUCCUCCAAAGAUGGAGAGGGUCAGUUCAUGACUUGAGUGAAGGGAGCUGGACAGAGGAUGGUAGAUGAUUGUGAUGGAGUCUGCUGAUGAUCUUGUAGAGGGCAAGUCUGGGAACCAGCCUGAGUCUUAUAGCCACUGGACUUCUCCUCUUCCACUCUGUGUAGCACCCACUUGGGUGAUGCCUCAGCAGCUCUGGGGCGCCAGAAAGCUCACAACACAAAGUUCAGAAUAGUAGCCAGUCGUCCUCUCUACGAGCCCUCUGCCUCAGGACUGCUGUAUUCCUCUGUCUCCCAUUCCUCUCAUGCUUCAGGCGACUCCUCAAAUGAUGUUCUCAAAAGAUCUGGAAUUGGCAGCCAGGUGAAACAAAAAAGAUGGUACUGUGUCCAGAUGCAUAAAAAAAAGCUAGCUAGCCAAGACAAAAAGUGUUAACCAGUCAGUCUAUUUGCAAAUCCGUGGCUCAAAAACGCCAGAUAUUUGCAAUAAAACUUGAUGUUAACAAAAUGUUUCCAGUUUUUUUUAAUGAUAUUUCCACACUAGGAGGUCGAAAUAACACUCUGAAAUUGUGAAAAUGAUGAUAAUGCCCUUUUUGUGUAAGAGUUGUUUGAAAAAAAUGCCUGGAAUUUCAUCCUGUUCAGGUGGGGUGGAACUUUUAGCCCACAUCAUGAUGUCACAAUGUGAUCUGAUUAUAAUAGACCAAUGCCUGUUCAUCUGGGUAAGGGGGUGGGCUCUAGACCAUCCUAUGAGCCAGUCAGGGCUGUGUAUGUAAAUAUCUUCACAUUUGUUUCCUAAAGCCCACAUGAACAGACUGAGCAUUUCAACGGCCAAAAGAGGCUCAGGGAAAUAAAUGAUAAAAAUAUAUAUUUUCGAGUUGUUUUCAUGAAAAUAAACACACACAGUGAUUUAUUAGACAUACAGUUAUGAUUUAAAAAUAAAAUUACAAAGACUGCAUUGGGGCUUUAAUUUAAUACAUUUGGAGUAGGACUAUGGGAGGUUGCGCCACCCUCAGUGUACUGUAGCAUCUAACCCUGCUCUCUAAUUGGUCCAGAUGGUUGACCUGGGCCUCCUGCUCCAUCCUGGUUCUUACUUCAGAGAUCUCUGGAACAUUCUGGACUUCAUUGUGGUCAGUGGCGCACUGGUGGCAUUUGCAUUUUCGUAAGUUUAAUAUUUUCUUACUAACAUUCAUAAUUUCCCCAUCCCCCCCAAAAAAGAUAAGUCAACUUUUACUAAAGAAACUGAUAAACUGCACUUUCCCAGACACUGGUUGUAAAAUAUGUAGACAUGCUGUGCUUGCUUUUUUUUUUACAUGCACUAUAAUUAGUCUGUCAUUUCCCAUCAGAGAAAUUCCUCAUCAUGAAAUUCCUUGCAUCAAUACAAUAGAAUAUGUACUCCUGAAGGAUGAUGUCUGCUACCUCUUACUGCUGCAAUAUUGUAAUCAUUAUUGGCUCAGUGUCAUGUGUCAAUGUGCAGCGGUAGGACGGAGUCAGGCGUAGGACACAGAACUGAGUAAACGACGUACUUUACUCGAAGAAUAAACAACACUAAUUUCCACGCAGGGAAAACACACCAGCUCACAUAAGUCUCACGCACAAAAUGUGGGAACCAGAGGGUUAAAUAGGGAAAUAAUAUAAUGUAAUGGGAACCAGGUGUGUACAAUCAAGACAAAACAAAUGGAAAAAGAAACGUAGAUCGGUGGCAGCUAGAAAGCCGGUGACGACGACCGCCGAACGCCGCCCGAACAAGGAGAGGCACCAACUUUGGCGGAAGUCGUGACACUCAAUCUUUGGGCCAAGUUUUUGGUCCAACUGUUUUUGUUGUGAGAAUGAAAAUAGGGCCAUUCAGGUGAAACACUAUGUUUAGUCCUGUAUGCCUGCUAAUGCUGCUGCUGCCUGGGGUAUUGACUGAACCUACCAUUAGUUCCAUAAAAACACAACUGGAGAAUAGGAAUACAUAAUGUCCUAGUCGUUUAUGUGCUGAUAGAGAAACCGGUUGGGGUGUUUUGCAGUAGGGGGUGUAAUUGCGUUAAAUUAACCUCCACAAAAUGCUCUGUUUCAUGCUAUGUGUGUGUGUAUGUGUGUGUGUGUGUGUGUACAUGUGUUAUGUGCGCUAUUGACUUAAAAUUACUCUUCUGUUUCCUUGUGGCUUGGAUCUCUUGAAGGAGCUUCAUGGGGUAAUGCUCUCUCUCUCUCUCUCUCGCUCUCUCUCUCUCUCUCUCUCUCUCUCUCUCUCGUCUUGCCUGUCUGUGUGUGUGAGCUAACAGGGUCUAUGCUCAGUCCAUAGGCCUGUUCUGUUCUGGGACACACUCAUCUCUCUCUCUUCUGUUCAUCUUUUCAUAAUCCACUUGUCUUCUCUCACAUUCAUCUGCUUGACCAUAGAUCCUCUGUGGUGUCCAAGUUCCUCUCCGCUACAGGGGGCAUGUCACCUCAGUGUUCGUUCUCCUUGUUUCUUAUCAUGACUACAUAUUCACCUGGACUGCACUAGACAAAUACAUCUGUUGCUGUGAUGAGAAUGAUCAUUCUACUCUAUAUCAGCUCAUGGUUUCAUUACAAAACACACAUAGUUAAGCAGUGACUACUUGUACAAGGUAGUAAGGUAGUAAGAAAGAAAGCCACUUUCUCUGCAUGGAACUUUAGAGUGUCUUCGAAACUGUUAUGGUGUCAUCAAGGUAUUUAAAUUGGUGACUGCUUACUGACCAUACAGUACCAGCCUCCAUUCCCACUCGUUUGUUUGUUUACAGCACUCCCCCCUAGCCAUUCUGACAGACAGCCGGCCGUGUUGAUGUUGAUGGAUGGACAUUAUUCUCCCUGCAUGUCCCGGGCCUCAUUCUGCCUGUCAUCUCCAUGUGAUCCACUGCCUCAUUGUGAAUGAACCGUACCGCCACCUUGAUGCGUCAUCCACUACUGUACACGGUCUGGGGACUAACUGCCUGGCUCAGUGUUCUGCAGCUGUUGUUGUGUUGGAUGCACCGCUUGACAUCCAUCCUGCUGCUACACACUGUGGAGCUAGCUGCCUUGAACGCCACUCAGGAGAUGUUGCUUCCUUAAAUCUCUCAACAACAACAUAUCAUUGUUCUGUCUUCCUUCAGACAUUCCUCAUCUGUCAGGUGUCUUCUGUCCUUUAGAUACUGUAUGUCUGAUCGUACAGAAGAAACAAACUGUUACUGUGCAACCCAAACAAGUGGCAGGAGUAUCUUUUUGGCAAAUACAACUCGAUUUUUGUCUGUUUUAUGAACAUUGACUUUAACAAUGAAAGCCAUUAUGCAACUCAAUUAUCCUUGAUGAAGUGUCAUUAUGGCCUAAAUUGCUAUGUGGCAUAGGGCCUUUUCUAGUUGGAUCAGUUCCUCUCACUUUCACAAUAGCAUUCAACUGUCUGUCACUGACAAACAAGUAGUACAGUAAACGAGAAACGUCUAGGUUUCAUAUUAUAGGCCCAUUUCCAUUCACAAUAUUAUAUUGUUUAGAUUGUACCUGUUUAUGCAGACAUGUUCAUAUUUUCUUUGUGUGGGAAGCCGCCGUAAUUGUGCUCUGUACUUUGUGUUUUUUCACUGUUUUCCCCAUCAGACCGCCACAAGGUGUGCCCAGGUGGGGAACCCCUUCUCCCCUCUUACCCCUCUUUCUUCUGCUUAGACCAGGAUCACGUCUCUAAACCUGUAUGAGUAAAGGGUUUCCUUUACAGACCAGGAGCCUCUGCCAUGUCCCUCUGAUAGCUUUCAAAAUAAACCUCUCUCUCUUUCUGGGAGUUCACUCUCCAAUCUGAAUGUAAGAGACUCAAGUAAAACGUGUUCAUAAUUGAUGAUUGGCCUAAAUUCCAGCAUCAUCACUGGCUAUACUGGCCAUUCUAAUCAUUAUGCAGACUCUUUGUAUUUAUUUUCACUCUUUUAUGCCCAAGUCAAAUACUCUCAGCUAAUGUAAACACAAAUUCAUGUUUAUUCUGUUAACUCUUUUCCCUGGGUGACCCACCAAGCAGAGACCUAUCGGUGCACACAUUAAAACAUAAUACAGUCUUGUUCCACAUGGACAGAGAGAGAAUCUAAGACUACCAUUAGAGUAGUGGUAAAAAUAGCUGGUGCUGAGACAGAACAUGGUGGUUAUUUUGGCUGACAGUUUUGGUUCUCCUUCCAGGGAGAUGAAGUAUGGUACAGACCAGCCACCUGUACCUGAUAAUUAUGCCUCAUUAAAUAUUUAACAAGCUUCUCUCAUAGCUCUGUCACCAUCCAGACCCUGCAGAAAACUCCAAACGCUCCCAAUGAACCUCCCAAGUCACAUGUGUUUUUCUACAAACUGGUCAAGAUUUAUUUGAAAGCUAUCAGAAUGUCAUGUGUGGUUUGUCAUGUGUGAGUGUUGUGUGAUCUCAAACCACAGGCUCUACUUACUGUGAAAGCAUGCUGGACUAAUGUGCAUCAGAGCAUGAACGUUGCAUGCUGCUGUGGUAGAGUAGAGCUAUACCAGAGCCCCACACCAUCAUAUCACAUGACCAUGCUGUGUUGGGAAUACUAGAGUUACAGGAUGGCCUUUAUUCCCAGUUGGAUGGGAAGUGAUAUGUCUGUUUGUGUGUGUGUGUGUGUGUGUGUGUGUGUGUGUGUGUGUGUGUGUGUGUGUGUGUGUGUGUGUAUGUGCCUGUGUGCGUGCGUGCGAUUCCAGCUGCCAGCAGACAGGGAGGAGGCGGGGUAGGGAAGGGGAAGAUGUAGUGUGUUGGCAGAUUUGUUGCUCUCUGUUGUCAUCUUCCUCCUUCUGGACUGUGUUGUUGGUGCCGUGUUAGUCAUUUCCACUAGAGGCUGAGGUGUUUACAAGUCUCUCUUUAUCUAUUAGUUGAUGAGAAACAUAGGUUACGGCCAGUGACUGCUGUGUUGGAUUUACUUUAACAACAGAUUAAUUAAUGUUGUAUUUAAGAUCAGUCUCCAAAUUUAGAGAGAUGGAGAUGAGAUUAAGUGACAUUGGUGUGGAACAUUUUACCCUGUGUUAUGAUAUCGAAGUUGACUGUAAUGUAUAUUGAUAAGGAGCAUUUAUAUGACAUGUAUUGAUGUGAAGUAUCACAUACUGAUAGUGUCAAUUUAUUUAUCAGUUGUUGACUCUUUAUUGGGGUCAUUAAAAUCCCUAAUUGUUUCACCAAUGGGAUGCUUUACCUUAAACCAAUUACCAUUUUGUGUACUGUACCAUACAUUGGUACAUGAUUUUACACCAUGAUUUUACAUAAUAUGCAAUAUGUUGUAUCACUUCAUUUUACAUUUUACAGUUUAAUCAUUUAGCAGACUCUCUUAUCCAGAGCGAUUUACAGUUAGUGAGUGCAUAUUUAGUUUUAUUUUUUUCAUUUUUCAUUUUACAUAAUAUGCAAUAUUAUGUAUCACUUCAUUGUAUUUCAUUUGGAGAUGCCUGCAUUGUGAGGCAUUUGUAUUGCUAUUCUCACAGCUCCCCAAGGUGCUGAUUCAGCAAGAGAUUUUCUGAGUCUGUAGGGAACAUUAAUGUACAUGGAGAGUUAAUGGGAUUCUGCUCAGAAUUCUUGACGUUGGUUCAGAAGAUUUUCUGUUCUUCCACCCAUUGUGUCUGAGAAAGUCUAUUAAAUCACUUGUUCCUGUAUUUCCCCAUCAGUCUUAAUACUCCUCACUGACAUCCUGUCAUCUUCUCCCUCAGUCGCCUGUCUGUAUCACCAUCCCAUCUUAACGACUUAGCGAGGACGUGUGUAUGAAACAGCAUUGGUUCCUUUAAAAAGAAACAUCACUGUGUCUUUUGUAUCACUGAUUAGCGUUAUUCUGCAGAAACCUGAUGCACAGUCUAUAGCGUGUAUUUACUUGAUUUCUUUUCUGGUGUUAUUUGCAUGGAGAAAUAUGUGUUGAGAUAUAAUGCUAUAAAUCCAGAAAGUGUCUAAUUCGCUCAUGUAAUCCAGGAUUACAUGCUACGCUUAUCUGAAUGAUUUGGAGAGGCAUGAUCCUAUGUGAGAUUACUAAUCCAUUCUCAGUUGGGGCUGGGUGUUGGUUGUCACAGACAAUUUACCGUCCCAAGGGCAUCUACAGCUUUGACAAAAAUGUUUACCCAUGUAUUAUGCGUUGUAUUUUUCUACCAUCAUUCUGAAUGUCUUCUAUUGAAUACAAUGUAUUUAAAGUAGUGGGAAUAUAGUACCAACCGUUCUCCUACAAAUCUAAUUUCUUUUUUUUAGAAUGAAUAUUUCCAGUCACGUUUGGUCAAGACCACUAGAGAGCAUUCUUCAAACACUUUCUGUUUAUUAGUCUAAGCCUUACGAUUCAUGAAACAUUUAAAAGCAACAGUGAUUUAUCAACAAUCUACUGACUUCUGUCACAAGUGGUUUGCCUCUUUUGUAAUGCAAUUGUUGUUUGAGCAAUUUAUGAAUACAACUAUCUUCUCACAGGUUUUAGUAGUUGAGUGAAGACCUUACAGAUGUGUUGUCUAAUUUAGUGUUUUUCUUGUGCAGAGGGUCCAAAGGAAAGGACAUCAGCACCAUCAAGUCCCUCAGAGUGCUGCGAGUCUUACGGCCCCUCAAGACCAUCAAACGCCUGCCAAAGCUGAAGGUACCGUAUGGGUCUUACACUACACUACAGUCACAUGUAUUCACUGCUGUUGACUUAUUAAUGAGUGUUGUCAGGACAUAAUCAUCAGUGUGUACAGUAUCUAAUCCAGCCCCAUGUUUCUGUGUGGGGGGGUGUCCUCUCUCAGGCUGUGUUUGACUGCGUGGUCAACUCCCUGAAGAACGUCUUCAACAUCCUCAUUGUCUACAUGCUCUUCAUGUUCAUCUUUGCUGUCAUCGCUGUGCAGCUGUUCAAGGGAAAGUUCUUCUACUGCACCGAUGAGUCUAAGGGACUGGAGAAGGACUGCAGGUAGGUCUACAGCAUUUUGAAAUGAAACAGGAGAAGGCAUAUGAACAACGUUGGCACCAAGGCACUGGGCCCAACAGUCUGAUAGAGCAAACCAUGGAAUAACGGUAACAGCACUAGGCAGGGCUCCCCCUCCUGCCUGGCUCUGGCUUGCAGCUUUGAAUGCCGCUAUGCCAGUGUACAAUUAUCUUCCCCAAUAGAGAGAAGCACAGCCCAGUGCUGCUUUGAAAAUGAUUACAGUAAUUAUGUGUUUUUGUUUGGGGAUCUUAUUAAUUUGUGGACAGUGUCAGUCUAAUCAAAAGAGUAUCUCAGUAUUCAUAUUCCUGUGCAGUAAGUUGUACGCCACUCCCCCCCCCCCCCCCCCCCCCCCCUCCCCCCCGUCCCCGUCCCGUCCCGUCUCGCUCUCUCUCCCCUAAACAGAGGUAGUUUCCUGGACUACGAUAAGGAUGAGGUGGCUGCCCAGCCCCGGGUGUGGAAGAAGUAUGAGUUCCACUAUGACAACGUGCUGUGGGCCUUCCUCACUCUCUUCACUGUGUCCACCGGAGAGGGCUGGCCCGAGUAAGUCCACUUUCCAGGUUCCUUUUGAGUAGCUCUGUAAAGUUGAGGUCUCUGGUGGACUGGUCGCUCUCAGACAGACAGGCAGUAGAACGGGUGAACGGGCCUGGGGAUAUGUUCGGACAAUAUGCUGUAGCUCUCAGGCAGAUACACGGACGGACAAACAGACAGACUGACAGACAGACAGACAUACAGUAGAACAGUAGAGGGUGAACAAGCCUGCCCUGGGGAUAUGUUCUGAGAAUGUGCUGUGCUAGUCUCUGUAAUUGUCUUUAAUUGUCUGUAAUUUAUAUAAUAUCUAAGCAGAAACCAAAUUACUAGGGGUGCAGCUAGACAACAGCUUAUCAUGGUCGUCUCAAAUAACUCAUCUAUGUAAGAAAAUAAUUAAAACUACAUGCAAGAUCAGAAGGAAAGAAAAAUAUUUACCGUGAAAGAUUAUUAAGCAAACAACCCAAGCAUUAAUUGGGAGUCAGGUGAUCUACUGUUCUGUGGUCUGGGGAAAUGCAUCAGCAAGGGAGAUUAAGAGGCUGCAGAUUGCCCAGAACAAAGCAGCAAGGAUUGUUCUAAGGUAGAGAUAUUAUUAUUCUGUUGUAGUCAUGCACAAUGCUCUUGGGUGGUCAUCAAUCAACAAGAUAAUAAAAAAAAAACAUGCUUAUUUUAUUUCACAAUGUACACCAUUUAAAAUGGCCAAACAUUCAGUGUGCCGGCUUGUCGGGUCAGCACCCCAGAGAGUGUCUUCUGUGCAUAAUUCUCUUUCUUAUUCCGGCUCCUCUGUCCUCCUCAAUGAAAUCAUUGAAUUAGCUAUGUUAUUAAACAAUCCAGUGAUUUAUGAUAUGUAAAGAUUAUGGACUGGUGAGUCCUUUAGGUCAGGGGAGAAGUCCAUUAAAUAAGCCUCAGUCCUCAUAACCUGGAGGGCUAAUUGGCCAGGCUCUCUCUCUCUCUCAGAUGGGUUAUUACUGUAAAGACUAUCUUAACACGGCUGAUGAAAAUGAACCUUUGUAUCAGCAACGUUGAACAUUAAUCACAUGCCUAUUACAUUUUAACAAAGGCUUUUAAUUGACUAUGUCCCUAAUUUUAGACAUAGAACUUUAAAUAGUUUAUUUUCCAGUUAGGUUUUAGUCAUAAACUGUCCCAGCAGUUUAACCAAAGUUGACUGUUGUGGUAAGUGGUUCCAUAUAUUGACAGCAUGGUUCCUGUGUUCCUCUCCAGUGUUCUGAAGCACUCUGUGGAUGCUACCUUUGAGGACCAGGGUCCCAGUCCAGGCUACCGUAUAGAGAUCUCCAUCUUCUACGUGGUCUACUUCGUGGUCUUCCCCUUCUUCUUCGUCAACAUCUUCGUGGCUUUGAUCAUCAUCACCUUCCAGGAGCAGGGAGACAAGGCCAUGUCAGAGUGCAGCCUGGAGAAAAAUGAGGUAGAGUACGGGAAAAAACUCACUUUGAAGCAAUAACAAUUCAUAUUUCUUCCAAGUAUACUUUCUCCAUUUGUGAUGUGUUGGUCAUAAGUGCCCUGUGCAGUCCAAAGCUCACUAUGCUCUGUAGAUAUUACCACCCUUACAUAAUGCUGAGUACUCAGUGCAGGUACAGUCUUUCUCUCACUGCUGUUGUUGUUGUUUUUUAUGCUGGGUUCAGUUGUGCGUGUUGAGGCGGUGAGGCUGCAGUGGAUCCUGCAGUAGCAACAGAUGCAGUACAGCCUCCCAGGUGAGGGCCAGUGUGACAGGUCCACAGGUCCACGAUUAAUUCUGGAGCCCCGUCUGUGGUUACACGGGUGGACACCAACCCAGCGAGCCAUCCCCUAUCCCCCCUACCUCAUGUCUACCAGGACCCUAUUAGAUAGAUAUACAGUAUCUCCCUCCGUCCUUAUUCUGAACUAACACAACAGAUACGUCUCCCUGUGUCUGUUUGUAUGCUAACCUAACUUGACUUGGCUAACUGGAGCCAGAACACAGCCAGGAGGAGCUAGCCAUGUAUCCAUCCUCUGGAUUCAGACAUCUCCUCUGCACAUGGCUCUGAUAGAAUCAUGACUCUCUGCUUGCUGUCUAGUAAGAUAUUCAUUGUUUUCUUCACAGUAUUUCCUUCUGAGUUGAUGAUACAGAUGCAGUGGUCCUAAUGAAGGCAAUGGUUGAAAGAGUGAUGGAUUGACAACUGAUGAUUGUGCUGAUGGUCAUGAUGAUGAGGAAAUGGAUGGCGAUUAUGAAAGGGAAUAUUGGAUGCAUGUCAUUUCCGUCUCAUUCUUUUCAGAGGGCCUGCAUUGACUUUGCCAUCAACGCCAAGCCACUGACCCGCUACAUGCCAGAGAAUGUGCAGUCCUUCCAGUACCGGAUGUGGAAGUUUGUGGUGUCACCCCCAUUUGAGUACGCCAUUAUGAUCAUGAUCGCCCUGAACACCGUGGUGCUCAUGAUGAAGGUUGGUACAGUCCAUCUCAGUCACCAUAAAAUAUAGUAGGAUAUGACUAGGGCCUGGAUUUUUUCCUAGUCUGAUCGCGUGGCCAGGAAAAACUCCUACUCACACAGUGUUGGUGUUUUAGGAGGUAUAGCUAUCUGCUUAUCAAGUCUCUCUCUCUCUCUCUCGCUCUCUCACUAUCUCUCUCUCUCUCUCACACGCUCUCUCUCACUCUCACUCCUACUCACUCACUCAUUCACCCACCCUGCACCAGUUCCAUGGAGCUCCAGACUUCUACGAGGCCAUGUUGAAGCACUUCAACAUCGUCUUCACUGCCCUCUUCUCUCUGGAGUGCAUUCUGAAGAUCAUCGCCUUCGGUCCGCUGGUCGGUUUGCUGUCGUUCUUCCUGUUUAUCUGCAUGCUGUCAAUAUGGCAAAGGUUAUCAAUGAUUUGAAGUUUAUUGAAUUCAUGCACUGCAUGCCUUGAGUUUGUGAGUGAUAUUCAAUCCCUCUCAUUCCAGAACUACCUGAAGGAUGCCUGGAACGUGUUUGACUUUGUGACGGUGCUGGGAAGUAUAACUGACAUCGUGGUCACAGAAAUCAAUGUAAGCUAAGAGUCCAGCAGAGCACACAAUGUGCUUCUUCCACUUUCCUCGAUAUACAUUACAAUACAUUCCUGCAGUCAAAUGACCAAAUCACCCUCUAGUGGCCCCAUGGGUGGAAUGUUAUUAAUAUUUUCCAUAAUUUCAUAAUUAAUAAACAUGAUUUAUUAAACGCAGAAAAUCCGGAGUUUCUAUGUCUAUAUUUUAGUAUUCUGUGGUGUAUAUAAAGUAUAAUAUUGGGAUCCAAACUCAAAACUGAAUAAAUGUCAACUCUAUAUCUGACAUGGUGUCUUAUGUUUUUAAGCCCAUAACCAUUUGUGUGAAGUGUAUACUUUUGUUUCAAAGUAGAUUUGUUUAAGACUACCAAGAAACACUCUGUGUGACCCUGAUUUUGCCCACUGCAGUAAAAGGUUAAUAAGGCAGAGUACUGGGAGUUUAGUGACAUGCAGAGACAUAAGGCUGUAUAGGCAGUUUGUGUAUACAGAGUGGGCUUGGCCUGAUGUGCUGAAUAGCCGUCUCAGCAAAGAUGGCUUGGCUCGGGCCCAGAGGGGGAGAGAGAGAGUUUGUGAACAGAGCUACAUGUUAACAUUAUUGAUUCUUCACUGAUGCCUGAUAUGGGCUCUGAGUGAGAACGUGAGGCAGUUCAGCUGAAUGCAACAGGGAAUAGGAUUUGUGUGUGCGUGUGCAUGGGUGUGUGUGUAUCAUUAUUACCAUCUCCUAGUAAUUAUAUGUGAAUCAUUCAACAUGUUUCUCUCAGUCCCUGUAGUACUUGUUUUUUAAUGUUCUCCUAGUAAUACAGUAUCUGUAUCUGUCCAGUAUCCUACAGUAUCUGUCCAGAUGUCUGUAUCAUUGUCCAAUGCUCUGACUGAUUUAAGUGUGUGUUUUGAGCUGACAGGCUUUCUUUAUGUCUCUCUCUCUCUCUCUCUCUCUCCUCUCUCUCUCUCUCUCUCUCUCUCUCUCCUCUCUCUCUCUCUCUCUCUCUCUCUCCUCUCUCUCUCUCUCCCUCUCUCCCUCUCUCCCUCUCCCUCUCCCUCUCCCCCUCUCCCUCUCCCUGUCGCCCUCUCCGCAUUGUCCUCUUGUUGAAUGUCUUCACUGAUGUGCCCACCAUCUGCUACGGCUAAACAACUGCUCUUAUAGACAACGGUGAGUGACUACCCUCUUCCUGUCCCAUUGCUCUUUCUCCUUCCAUUCUUCUGCUCUUUUUUUCUCAACACUUUUUUGUUGUUGUUGUUUUAUUUUACUUUUUGCAUUGUUGGUUAAGGGCUGUAAGUAAGCAUUUCACGGUAAUGUCUACACCUGUUGUAUUCGGCGCAUGUGGCAAAUACGAUUUGAUUUGAUGAUCUACAGCACUGUGUCUACAGGUUUGAAUGGAUGUAUUGUUUGGCCUCCUUUAGCAAGCUAAACCUGGACCAACCAAAUACAAUCAUGUUGUUUAAUCUGCAUCAUUGUCAUUAUGUAGUGAUUUGGGGUCAUAUUUUGAAUGCCUCCAAUGAAUGGGCUGUAGUGUUGACUGUUUUUGUCUCCUGGCCCCACAGGACCGGCUUUUGAACCUGAGUUUUCUGAGGCUGUUCAGAGCAGCUCGUCUCAUCAAGCUACUGAGGCAGGGCUACACCAUCCGUAUCCUGCUGUGGACCUUCGUCCAGUCCUUUAAGGUGACACACACACAAACACCUGCACGCACGCACGCAGGCACGCAGGCACGCACACAACACAUACACGUGCACACAAAGACAAACACACACACACAUACCCACCCACACACACACACACCUCACCCACUGCCAUGGCCCUAAUGGUCCCACCCACUCAACCCUAAAACAUCCUCUACUUCCAGGCCCUGCCCUAUGUUUGCCUUCUGAUAGCAAUGCUGUUCUUCAUCUAUGCAAUCAUCGGUAUGCAGGUGGGUGCUGCUUCCAUUAUCUCCUCAAAUGUUCCCUCAAAAUAAUUGGAUUAUACAUGCCUACAGACUAAUGGUGUGAAAUUGUGUUUUUUAUUGAAUAAGAAAAUUGUUAUGGAAUGUAAUGCAUUUACUGUCAUGAUCAGUGGGUAUGAUCAAUCUCUUACUUUUCCAGGUGUUUGGAAACAUUGAGCUCAACGAGGACACAGCCAUCACUCACCACAACAACUUCCGCACUUUUCUCCAGGCUCUCAUGCUACUGUUCAGGUAUAUACACAAUUCCUUAGUUACUCCUUCCUCUGCUUUAGGAAGCACCCAACAUUAUUAAAUGACCCUGUCCCUAUUCCUCCCUCUCCCUCUCCCUCUCCCUCUCCCUCUCCCUCUCCCUCUCCUCUCCUCUCCUCUCCUCUCCUCUCCUCUCCUCUCCUCUCCUCUCCUCUCCUCUCCUCUCCUCUCCUCUCCUCUCCUCUCCUCUCCUCUCCUCUCCUCUCCUCUCCUCUCCUCUCCUCUCCUCUCCUCUCCUCUCCUCUCCUCUCCUCUCCUCUCCUCUCCUCUCCUCUCCUCUCCUCUCCUCUCCUCUCCUCUCCUCUCCUCUCCUCUCCCUCUCCUGUAACUGUAAGCCAGGGUUGGUAUGUAUUCUCUUGUAAUUGGGGCAUGCAGCAGAGUGGGCUGUGCGUACUGUACUGUGCCAGGCACCCCCCCCCCCCCAGGUUACACGUCUUCUGGGUAGUGCUGCCUGGAAAUUAAAGUGGUCUUGUGUCCUCCUCUCCCACUCUGCCACAGCAUCCCUUUGUUCUCUCAGGGCACUCCAGUCCAGAUCAUCAUGAUAGGUUUAUAUUAGUCAACAAACUCCAGGAAACACAGAGAUCAUUUGAACAGCCACCCUGCUCUGGCCUCUUCUCUGUUCUGCCAAGCAGCAGAGUGAGCAUGCAGUUUGAAUUGCUACUCUGAAGGAUCCUCCACCAUAGUUGGAACAGGAACUAGGAACUGGGAACAUGUUUUAGUACACUGUGAACAUCUUCCAAAAUGACUCAAAAGGUAUCUUUCUUUUACUGUAUGUCACUAUGUCUGUCUGUCUGUCUGUCUGUUCGCUGUCUGUCUGUCCACUGUCUGUUCGCUGUCUGUCCCCUGGCUGGCUGGCUGUCUGUCUGUCUGUCUGUCUGUCUGUCUGUCUGUCUGUCUGUCUGUCUGUCUGUCUGUCUGUCUGUCUGUCUGUCUGUCUGUCUGUCUGUCUGUCUGUCUGUCUGUCUGUCUGUCUGUCUGUCUGUCUGUCUGUCUGUCUGUCUGUCUGUCUGCCUGCCUGCCUGUCUGUCUGUCUGUCUGUCUGUCUGUCUAUCUGUCUGUCCACUGUCUGUUCGCUGUCUGUCUGUCUGUCUGUCUGCUGUUUUUCUGUCUGUCUGUCUGUCCACCCCUGUGUUCUCCAGGAGUGCCACGGGGGAGGCGUGGCAUGAGAUCAUGCUGUCGUGUUUGAGUCACAGAGCCUGUGAUGAGAGGUCAGGCAACCUGGAGAAGGAGUGUGGCAGCGACUUCGCCUAUUUCUACUUUGUCUCCUUCAUCUUCCUCUGCUCCUUCCUGGUCAGUACUGAUGUCAUCCAACAUACACACAUAACCGUUAGAUUUGUGUUGAUGUGCGGCACAGGACGUUGGUGGCACCUUCAUUGGGGAGGACGUGCUCGUGGUAAUGACUGGAGCGGAAUGGGUGGAAUGGUAUCAAAUACAUCAAACACAUGGUUUCCAUUUACUCAGAUCCAGCCAUUAUUAUGAGCCAUCCUUCCCUCAGCAGCCUCCACUGAUGUGCAGUCUGGAAUAAGUGAUGUUAACUUUAGGCAAUGAUCUGAAACGUAGGAUUAGUAGUUACCUAAUGUUGUGCAAAACUAUUUCGCUGUCUAUUGUGCUGUCAUACUGCGUCUAUUCCCAUAAGUCCUUGUUAAACCUCUCUUCCAGAUGCUUAAUCUGUUUGUGGCUGUGAUCAUGGAUAACUUUGAAUACCUGACUCGAGACUCGUCUAUACUGGGGCCUCAUCAUCUGGAUGAGUUCAUCCGUGUUUGGGCUGAGUACGACCCUGCUGCCUGGUAUGUGUCCCCAUCCCUCCCUCUUUCUCUCCCUCCCUCCCUCCCUCCCUCCCUCCCUCCCUCCCUCCCUCCCUUCCCUCCCUCCCUAUUUCCCUCCCUCCCUAUUUCCUCCCUCCCUAUUUCCCUCCCUCCCUCUUCCUCCCUCCCUCCCUCCCUCCCUCCCUCCCUCCCUCCCUCCCUCCCUAUUUCCCUCCCUCCCUCCCUAUUUCCCUCCCUCCCUCCCUAUUUCUCUCCCUCCCUCCCUAUUUCCCUCCCUCCCUCCCUAUUUCCCUCCCUAUUUCCCUCCCUCCCUAUUUCCCUUCCUAUUUCCCUUCCUAUUUCCCUCCCUCCCUCCCUAUUUCCCUCCCUCCCUAUUUCCCUCCCUCCCUCCCUAUUUCUCUCCCUUCCUCCAUCUGGCUGGGGCACCUACUUUAUCUCACCCAGUCAGAAUGGAAUCUAGUAUUACUGCUGCUAGUAUGGAGGGGACUGACUGACACUGCCUGACACUUUGUGGCUUUCUGACAAUCAUCUAUGUAGAUGGUAUGGUAGCAUACCUCCUAGUACCCAAUCAGCCCUCUGAUUAUCAUUGUUGUCUUGAAGCUGUCCUGAAGUUGUUGUUUCUAUAUCUGCUUGUUCUUUUUGCAGCGGACGGAUUCGCUAUAACGAUAUGUACAACUUGUUACGAAUUAUCUCACCCCCCCUUGGCUUAGGGAAGAACUGCCCUAAUAGGGUAGCAUACAAGGUUUGCAACCCCAGAACAUUUCCUCCACUAGGGUGCUUUGUGUACCUAUGCCAAGAGACGUAACUGAAUGGCUGUGCACCAAUGACUCGCCUACACACUAGCACCCGCCCUUCCAGACUGACUGGCUUUGGUUAAUGAUGUCGGACAGGAAACAAAGCUUUCAAAGCCCCAACUUUGCCUGACAUUGGAAUCCCUAUGCAAUGACUACUUUCUAUAUGGUGGGUCGAGGUAUAAAGUGAAUACAUUCUGGUCUGUACCUGGUCCGUCUUCUAUCUUUGUACAGUUAGAUUAAACACUGAUGUUUAGGCCCAAACGCUAGAUGUAAACAUUGUAAAGAGAAGGGAAGGCUUUAAUUAAUUCUGGCAUUGAAACCUUUGUUUCCGUGCUCCUGGUGAACCCCCUCCCCCUGGAUGUCUCUCAGCAUGCAGAAGCAGACAUCCUCACUACGUACGAUGCUGUCAUUCUCUCCCCAUUAGCAUCCUGUGUGUUCUGCUUCUCACUACAGACUCACUUCCAUCCCAUGUCUCCCCUCAGGGAUCUGAGCAGCUCACUUCUUCCUGAGCUGAGUUUACCACCGUACCGAUGCAUCCCUGGUCCACUGUGGCCAAAGAUGGCAUCCAUCUCCAUGUCACUACUGGAAAUCUAAAUAACACAGAUUUCUGCUUUUGUUUUUUCCUUUUCAUUUUGUUUUAUUUUUUAUUGAUUUAUUUAUUCCCUUUUGUUCCUCUCCUCCUUGUCUAACUUCCCCAUCCUUCUCUAUUUGGCUUUUUGUUUCCUACUCUGUGAAGUGGCCGUAUCAAGUACCUCGAUAUGUAUCAGAUACUCCUCCACAUGUCCCCACCCUUAGGUUUGGGAAAGAAAUGUCCGCCAAGAGUCGCCUACAAGGUAGCCACUCACUCUGCUUGACCUGUCUUCCCAUUGGCUUAACCUCCAGCCAAUCUCUGUGCUCUGCAGCGUUCUCUUGUUUAUUUUGUUUGUUUUGCUACUGCUCUGAUCUUUUUCGUGUAGCCACCUCCCUCCCCCUCUUUCUUUGGGCAUAGCUACUUUCUUUGGAGCAAGCUCAGCUGGUGUGGUGAUGUCCACUAAAGGCAGAGAGAAACAGUAGACCCUGAGAUACAUACAGUAUCCACACUAUCUGAAAGCUUGUUACUAAGCAUUUAGUUACAUUUACGGUAGUAGGUGUUAAACUCCUAAAAUAUGGAUAAUGAAUACAUCAUAUGAUUUCAUAUAAUCCAUUCUCUGUCAUUUAAUACAUCCAACACAGCAGACAUGCACAGAUUAAUAAUUGGAAUAAUAUUUAUAUGUUAUUUUACAACGCAUACAAAAAGUCAUAUUAGACCAAUCCAGCACUGUCCCCAGACAAUUUAAAUCAUGUAUCAAUCAAUAUACAGUCUUAUAGGAAAGGGGUUUAGUAUUGCUCUCCCUCUCCUUUAUCUUAUUUUAGUCAAUCCCCUGAGUUGUGUGCCUACUGAGGGUUUUUGUCUUGCCAGUGUGUGUCGCUUCUGUGUGUGUUUUACCCUCUCUGAUCCUAUCUCUCAUUCUCUCUCAUCCUGUCUUUCAUGUCUACUUUCUCUCUAUUGAUGAGUGUUCCCAUGUGUGGGUAGGGGUGUUUGUCUCACCCCUCCCCUCCCCUCCCCUCCUCUCCUCUCUCAUUCUGACUUGGGUCAGCCUUACUUUUGCACUCCCUCUGAUCGUAGGUGAAUGCUUUUUGUGUUCAUGGGAGCUCAACUCUACCACAAUAACUUAAAUAUCAAACAUAGUGUUAAAUAUGCAUGUAGUGGUGUAGUUAUCAUCCCUUUGAUAAGCAGUUCAGGUUAUUUUUUUUAUUUUUUUUGCUCGGUCUUAGUCCUCAAGAUGUUAUUGACAUGAGCAGAACUGAUUAUUUUUUAACUCAGUUUAAGAUUGUUAGGAGGCAACCACAGAGUCGAGCUCCUGAGAUCUUUGAGGCACUUCCAUGGUUAUGCGUACAUGCCUUUUCUCACCAUUAUUUCGAUCAAUGUCAGUCUUGCACUGGUGCACUUUGACCUGCAGCAUGGUGCAUACUGUAGCCAAUAGCAGUGAAUGUUUACUUUGCAUCCUCGUUGUACUAGUUGAGAAAGCUUUUUGUGUGCUGUAGCAAAAUUAUCCACAAAAAAUCCUAAAACCUUCCAAAUGAUUCAUUUACAAGAAUAAAUCUGAAGAACAAACAAUCACAUCUUAUUGUAUUGUUGAAAUAAAAGCAGGUAAAGCACUCAAUAUACUGUACAUGAGUCCUCUGUGAAUAUUACCAGCAGCACACAGACUGGUUUCUCCUGACUGGUCAAUGGUCUGGAUGAAGUGUUAAACAGUAAAAGUGUGUUCUAACCUCCGUCCACACACUCUCUCCAGCGGCUAGUCAAGAUGAACAUGCCCAUCGCUGAUGACAACACAGUUCACUUCACCUCUACUCUCAUGGCCCUGAUCCGGACGGCCCUGGAGAUCAAACUGGCCUCAGGUGAGACUGCUCUGUCCCCUCUCUCUCCCUAUCCUCAGCCCUCUCCCUUGUCCCCUCUCGCUCCCUAUCCUCUGACCUCUACCCCCGUCCCCUCUCUCUCCCUCUCCCCUGUCCCUCUCUCCCUAUCCUUUUACCCCUCCUCUGUCCCCCCGUCCCCCUCUCUCUCCCUCUCCCCUGUCCCCCUCACCUGUCCCCUCUCUCUCCCCACCCCUGUCCCCUAUCUCUCCCUCUCCCCUGUCCCCCUCCCCUGUCCCCUCUCUCCUCCACUCACCCCUUUCCCCUCUCCUCCCUCUCCCCUGUCCCCCCCCCUCUCCGCUCCCCUCUCUCCCCCCCCUGUCCCCCUCUCUCUCCCUCUCCCCUGUCCCCCUCCUCCUCUUCCCCUCCCCUCUCCCCUCCCCCUGUUCCCCUCUCUCUCCUCCCUCUCCUCCCUCUCCCCUUUCCCUCCCCUGUCCCCUCCCUCUCUUCCCCUCCUCCUCCCUUUCCCCUGUCCCCUCUGUCCCCUCUCUCCCCCCUCACUCUCCCUGUCCUCCCUUUCCCCUCUCUCCCCCCUGUCCCCUCCCCUCUUCCCCUCCCCUCCCCUUUCCCCUCCCCUUUCCCCUCUCCCCUCCCCCCCCCUUCUCCCUGCCCCCCUCUUCCCCUCCCCUCACCCCUGUCCCCUUCUUCCACCUUCCCCUCUUCCCCUCUCUCUCUUAUCCUCUCCCUUCCCCUGUCCCCCUCUCUCCCCCCCCCCUGUCCCUCUCCCCCUGUCCCCUCUCUCUCCCUAUUAUCUUCCCCUCUCUCUCACCCUAUCCUCUGCCCCCUCUUCCCUGUCAACUCAUCCCUCUCUUCUAUCUCUCCUUUCCUCUGCCCCUCUUCCCUGUCCACUCACCCCUCUCUUUUCUCCCUCCCUAUCCCUGCCCUCUCAGUUGCUGGGCGUCUGCUAAAAUUCCACUGUCCAACACACCCUUGGAGUGUGUGAUACAUGAUAGGAGUGGUGCAUACUGUGCCUCUGAAAUCUAUCCUUACUUUUAAUGAGGCCAACUUGAUUAGAGACAAUGCAUUCGAACUCAAGCAAAAGCAAAAAACACUAGUUGUAAAUGUUAGAUGUAGCUAUCCGUCACAUGUUGUCUUCCCAGACAGACAAACAGACAGACAGACGUUGUUAUGUCCCCUGGAUGUGUAGCAGGUGCAGAUGCUGCUUGUUUGUUGCUUACAGAGGGGUUUGCAUUAGUAGAUAUGGGUCCCAUUUGGUCUCAUUAGGCUACUCUGUGGUGGGCUUUGUGUUUAGGGCCUGUACUGCAGAGUGAAGGAUGGCACAGUACAUUAUGCUUUUCUCUAGCUUCACUGCUCACUGAGCUAUUCUCUAUUCUCUGUCUGCUUCACCUCCACAAUGACUCUGAAAACUCAUGUUUACUUUCCUGUGUUUGUUGCUUGUUGCUAUACUUCUUGAAAUAGAUCAUUGUGUGUAUUUGAUGCUAGAAUAUUCUAUUUUCUCUUGUGAUCUUCUCAUCAGGGAUGGUUGCCCAGCGUCUCUCUGAUGCUGAACUGAAGAAAGAGCUCACCCAGGUUUGGCCAAGUCUCUCACAGAAGACUAUGGAUCUGUUGGUGACACCACACAAACGUAAGCACCUCUGCAUGGCAGUUCUCUCGGAUUCUUUUCACUGAUCCUUGUCCUUGUCACUGAUAUAGUUAAUCUUUACAAGAAGGAUACUUGGAGUAUGUGUGUAUCUUUUCAUGCUACAUCUUAAAGUGGCAAGCCCCAGACUCCUCACUCUGAAACAACAUUACACAUAGGUUGCCAUAACAACCAGAACCCUUGCUCUUACUUGGCCAUCAGUUAAGAUUCCAGUAGUUGGCUUUGCCUCCACUGACAUCUUGUGGCAGGAUCUAAGUAUCUCACCUGAGAACAAUGGUAUUUUAGACAGAUGCUCCUUCUCUCAAGCCUGGCAUGCACCAAUUUUCUUCAAACAGCUAAAUCACUCUUUGUUGCAAGUGAUACCUUUGGGUUGACUGCAUUGUAUUGGAGAUUAAGUGGCAUCAGAGGGUCUGGAUGAGACCAAUAGAGAUGGAUGAGACAGCAGUUUUCGUCACCCACUCCCCUCUGUCCCUCUCUCAGCCAAUGAGCUUACUGUUGGGAAGGUGUAUGCAGCCCUGAUGAUCUUUGACUACUACAAGCAGAACCGAGCCAAGAGGCUCAAGGAACAGCAACAACAGCAGCAGCAACAGAAUGCUACUGGCUCCCAGGUAACACACACACACACACACACACAUUAUUGCUGAUACCCAGGAGUCACAAAUCCCCCCCCCCCAUGAAAAUGUUUUAAACAUUUUCUGCCAAAACCAAUAUGUUGAUUCAAAUUUCCAAGUUUUGAUUUACUAUAUUUUAGAGGUAGAGCCCUGGAUCAAUAUUGUGCAGUAUGUUCAGUAUAUCAGCAUCUUGCCGUCUUUCAUCCACAGGGGAAGGUGGGGGCUCUGUUUAAACCGAUACUGCCCCUGACUCACAAGCAGGAGAAAGUGAAGGAGAAGGCCAUGACCAACGUGGAGCCUCCCUGUGAGCUACUGCCUCAGCCCCAGUCUCAGGCCCUACCUACACCUAGACCCAGCUCCACCCUGCUCAAUAAUGGAGGCACACUGUGAGUUCACUAACAUACAGCCAGUGGCAAUGUCGCUCUUGUCUUGGGGUAAAACACUAUAAUACUUUAUAAUUUUAAAGCUUUAACUUUAAAACAAUCAUAUGAAAGUUCUAUGACCGGACUUCCUGGAAAACAGUGGCAAAUGUUACUGAGUGGAGUGGACUAUCCUGGCAAAAAAAAUAUUAUAAUAGAAUGACAAUAACAUCUACAUUUGUUUAUGUCUAAUAAUUCAGGCCAGGCCAUGAUGGCACCAUGAAAGGAUCGUCCUCCUGGGUGUCAGAGAAGUCUAGAGAGGUCCACAGACCCAGGAGUAAGAGAACUGUCCAAAGGGGCCAGUCUGAGGAUGUCCCAAACAUAACCAUUCCCCAGGUACUGUAGCCAGGCCAGACUGCCCUCUGCUUUAAUACACACACAUGAACAUCAUGGCAUGCUACCUGCAUUUUUUCUCCUGAUGUAUCUGUUCGCAGUACUUUACUUGACUGGAUGUACUUAUCUCUAUGCAAGCACUUAUCUGUGUGUGUGCGUGCAUGCAUUCAUGUUUUUGUGUACGUAUGUGUGUGUUAUGUCCCUCAGGAGUCAGUGGAGAUGAGGAAGAUGGACACCAGUGGCAGCACAGUACCUGGUCCUGGGUCUGGACUGGAGAGCCAGGGGAGAGCUGUGUCCAUGCCCCGCCUCAACGCAGAGCUGAAGGUACAGACACACCCUAACACACACACACAUAAUUUGUGAAGCAGAUGCUCCAUGCCAUAACUAAACUCUCUUGGAGAAAGCAUGGUUGCGUGGUGUUUCGCAUCAGUGGCUAUACUGCGGGCAGAUUACUAUGGUCAGGUGGCUAUCUCAUCUAAUAUUGCUGCAGUAUAACUGCUAAAAAAAAUAUAAAAGAUUCCUUCUAUUCGUCCAAUGAAAUAUAAUCAGCUCCUAAUUUCCUGAGUGAUAUUGAUGUUAAUCGAUUGUUGUGUUUAAGUGCAUUCCUUUCAGGUUAAAAUGAAUGUGUGUUGAUCCUACUUUUAGUGCACAGAAGAAGUCCUGGAUAAUUUGAUUAGAGCCUGGCAGACCGCCAACUGCUUGUCCCGUAUCGUUUUUCCUUUGCUGCGAACAGAAGAAUAAAAAAAUAAAUGAUAGUGGCUCGAAAUGGAUGGGUGUAGAAAAUCAGAGUGUUCAUCCCUCAUGCGUUCAGGGAGGAAGAGAGUAAUCAUGUUACUAAGGAUAGACAAUGUGAAGAGGGGGAUAAAUGGAAUGAGAGGAGAAGAGGAUUGCCUCGUGACUUGCUGUCUAAUUUUUCUCACCUUUUCUAACGAGGGCAGGAAAUCCUUCAUCAAAUACAAUUAGAGAUGGCCUUUCUGAGAUUGCUUGCUAUUGUUAGAGUGAAAUGGGGAGGCAUGUAGCCUGAACUCUACCCUGAAACAGACUUGGUCUCCGGCUUGGUUUUCCAUGGCUUAAUUAGAUUUGUUCCCUUCCUUUUUGGGGCAAUGCCUCAUUUCUCUCUCCCUGGCGAUGCCAGCACGAUCAGGGCUGUAAAUCUCACAGCAUGCCUCCACCUCCUCAACAUCCUCUUUGUGCACUAGUGACAUGUGACACCCAGGGUAGACAUGAACCCUCACAUGAAGCCUCUCGGAGAGGGAAAAUGCCCCUUGUUUCAUUCUCAAAGAAGCCCAGUGAGAAGCUAAGCCCAAAUCCCUUUAAACUAGAGUGCUGGAUGAUAAGAGGCAGUACUUGUUGAUUUAGUGGUUUCAGCACCUUUUAAUAUGUAUGAAACCCUUUUGAUUCCCUAGGGGCAGCUCUGGCCCAUAGACUUGCCCCACCUGGCUCUCUGCCAGUUCAGAAGCUUGGCUCACUAGAACAAAAGCUAAAUAGCCAGAUAUGUUUUCUAAGAUAUCUUAGUAUUAAUGGUGAAGGGGGCAUUGAGUGUCAAAAGACAUAGAGACAUGGGGGAGUUCUGUCUGCUUGGAAUGGGUAAUUAUGUCUUAUUGCCAGGUGCUGAAACACACAAUGAGAUAUCACAUAUUUACCUUCCUUUAAAAAGAGUAUACUGAAAGGCAAAUGCCCUCAGUGGCCAUUUAAACAUAAUCAUGUCAUAUUUACAAGCAGAUCAUUUAUUUUUAAUCACCAUGUUAAGACACCUCUGUAAUUGUCCUGCUACUUCUCCUCUAUUCUUCUCCUAACUGUUCAAUGUCACCUCUCUCAGUCUACCCUCCUCUUUUCUCCUGUCUCUCUGGCCUGAUGCUUUCCCAUGGUCCUCUUCCUCCUCCUCCUCCUCUGCUGUGUGACAGAGGAGCAAGUCGCGUCACUCCCCGGGGACCCUGCUGGCUGUAUGUAGCCCUGUCUCCUCUCCCUCAUUAUCUCCUCUGCACCAGCUCUACUCUGUUUGUUGAUCCCAAUGUACUAGUAUGUGUCAAACUAGAUUAUAUUUCGUAUUAACUGGCCGCGCAGGUGUGUAAAAUGCUAGGUUCUGCAAGCAUAUGAUUGUACAGUAUUGUCAGUGUUUGACACCAGGUAGAACAUUAACAACCCAGUCUACAUGUUUUUUGUUCUAUCAUAUACAAUGUGGGGGAUAUACUGUGUGAUUUUAGGAUGAGAGUUAAGCUCACUGUGAAACUGUAAAUCAAAGGUCUAGCCAAGUACAGUGUCUCGUGGAAGAGACUCUUCCUUUGAUCAUUCUAUGGGGACUGUACAACACUCAUUAAAACACAGCUGCUGAUGCCAAGCUGCUCUUAGAUACCAAGCCUAUGGAGUUUGUCAGUAGUAAACUAGUGAUCAGAUGGAGCUGUUUUGGAGAGAGAACGGUCUGCUGCUACAGGUGGAAACAUAGCCUCAGUUUCCUCUUUGAUGCUCUUUUCCUCAAGCAGCCAUCUAAGACUCAGGGAAAUUGGUAGCAGUGUCUAUGAUUUUACCAACAGCAAUCUAGGUAGGUUGCUCUGUUUUUGAGGACACUGAAAAUGUGAAUAGUAUAUUUUGCAGCAAGGCUCUGCAGGAUAUAAAUGGUGUUUCACAAUGGAGUCAGAGAGGUGUACAGUACACCAGAGGAGGCUGGUAGGAGGAGCUAUAGGAGGACGGGCUUACUGUAAUCCCUAUUCCACCAUGGACUAGUCAGUGAUUCCUAGUUUCCAUGGACUAGUCAGUGAUCCCUAGUUCCCAUGGACUAGUCAGUGAUCCCUAUUCCUCAUGGACUAGUCAGUGAUCCCUAGUUUCCAUGGACUAGUCAGUGAUCCCUAGUUCCCAUGGACUAGUCAGUGAUCCCUAGUUCCUAUGGACUAGUCAGUGAUCCCUAGUUCCCAUGGACUAGUCAGUGAUCCCUAGUUCCCAUGGACUAGUCAGUGAUCCCUAGUUCCCAUGGACUAGUCAGUGAUCCCUAGUUCCCAUGGACUAGUCAGUGAUCCCUAGUUCCCAUGGACUAGUCAGUGAUCCCUAGUUCCCAUGGACUAGUCAGUGAUCCCUACACCCCCCUAUUCCUAUUUGUCCCACACAGCCUGUUCCUGCCUGCAGCCCAAUGAAGCGCUCUGCGUCCACCCACGCCCCCCAGCGCCCCCAGGAGGUGAAUCUGCGUGACUUCACCCUGGAGAGGCCCAGCACCCAAGAAAGGCCUCAACACCACCACCACCACCGCUGCCACCACCACCGCCGAGAGAGGGACAAGAAGCAGCGGUCACUGGACAGGACGCCAAGCACCGCUGGUUAGUGCACAGAUACACACUAUAAACACAUCAUGUUUUCAAUGUGGAAUUACAGGGAUCUCUUUUUCAUUAAAGUUACAGGGUGUCAUAUGUUAUAUGAGUGCCGACCCACCAUUACCCUGAUUACAAAAUGUGGGUGUUUAACCAUACAGUCCUGCAGCUCACUGUCCCCUGGUGUCACUAGAGUCUGAAUGUAUAGCCCUCUCUGCCUUAUUGCCUUCCAUCCAGUCAGAGGGUGAGAAGCAGACCACAGCCCAGCUGGCUGGGGCUCAUCUGUUAUAGAGAUGCGCUCUGGGCUCCAUGGAGGCAUCGUUCAGGCCUGGGUGUUACAGUGGAGCUCUGCAGCUGAUCUUUAUUACACAGAUAAAAGGGACUGACAGACCAAAGGCUACCCAAUGACCUGCUAAUUUAUGGGCACCUCUUGUCUCAGCAGGGCAAUGCUGAGGAGAGGAUAUUUUUUGGGAAGAAAAGCCUUCGGUGUGCUAGUAGUCUGUCCUUUGCACGUUUUUAAGAAUCUUCUGUUUCAGAGUGAGGUAAAGACUGGGUGCAAUCAGGGGUUGAAUUGGGAAUUCAGAGGUGAAGGGGGGAAUUCAGAGGUGGAGGGGGAGUUAGGGUUAGGUUGAGGCCAGGUUUGAACAUAGGCUAGGGUUAGAGUUAGGAUUAUGCCAAGAUUGGGGUAAAUUUAUGCCAAGAUUAUGGUCAGGGUAAUGCUAAGAUAAGGUUUGGGCUAGGGCUGACCACAUCCAACCCACAUCUAACUCUAGCUUUAUGUCCACAUCACGGUUCAACCCUAGUCUCAACUCUAAUCCUAACUCUAGCUUUAUGUCCACAUCACGGUUCAACCCUAGUCUCAACUCUAAUCCUAACUCUAGCUUUAUGUCCACAUCACGGUUCAACCCUAGUCUCAACUCUAAUCCUAACUCUAGCUUUAUGUCCACAUCACGGUUCAACCCUAGUCUCAACUCUAAUCCUAACUCUAGCUUUAUGUCCACAUCACGGUUCAACCCUAGUCUCAACUCUAAUCCUAACUCUAGCUUUAUGUCCACAUCACGGUUCAACCCUAGUCUCAACUCUAAUCCUAACUCUAGCUUUAUGUCCACAUCACGGUUCAACCCUAGUCUCAACUCUAAUCCUAACUCUAGCUUCAUGUCAACAUCCCGGUUCAAUCUUAACCCUGGCCUAACGCUAACCCUGGUUUGUAUUUUUACUAAGGUACACAAGAAGAACCGGCUGCAGAGCCCUCGUCUAGAGACAGGGUGCAGGACCGCGGCCGCUCCCAUGAGAGGAAGCACCACUCGACGGUGGGGGAGAAGCAGCGCUACUACUCCUGCGAUCGCUACAGCAGCAGGGAACACUGCAACACCACCAAGUCUGCCACCACCAGCUGUGCCACUUCCCCCAGCGAGGUGCAGGAACCCAGCAUCAACAAGCAGGUGGGAGGGCAUGGGCAGAGUAGGAUAGGAUAUGGACAGGGCAGGAAACAGUAUCGGUCUGGCAGGGUGGGGCAUGACAAAAGCAUGCCAGGGUAUAGCCAUGGUAUGAUAUGGGCAGGGCAUGGAAAGGAAUCAGGGUAUGCAAUGACUGAAUGAGAAUCAGAAUAAUAAACACACUAGACAUUAUCAGUAAGUUUAUGUCUGUCUGAUUUAGUACAGCACAGUGUAUAUUGUGUGCAACUCUCUUAGUGAUGAUCUGUCUGCUCUCUGUUUCUGUCUCUUGCUGAAACUCAACUUUCUCUUCUUUCUGCCCUUUAGUGCAACCACUCAUGGCCUUUCAAUUCUCUUUCCACUUUUCUUCUUCUUCUUCUUCUUCUUCUUCGUCUUCUUCACCAUUUUCUGUCCAUUUUGUCUGUCUUCUUCUCUUCUCUUUUUCCUCCCAUCAAUGACUGUCCUUUCCUUUCAUCUCUCUGUCCUUCCUGGUUGUUUUGUCUGUCUUUUCCCACUACCCUCUCUCUCCUCUCCAUCUGAUUAUGGUGUCUUUCCCUUCGUUCUGGUGACCCUGUCCCCCUGUCACCUCCUCUCCUGUGCGGUCUCCUCAUCUUUUUUAUCGUUUCAAAUUGCUUUUUCCAAUUUUCAUCUAGGGUAGUGGUUUGGUUAAAGGCAGCCCAGUGAUGUUGACCUCAGGGGCUAGCACACCCAGCCAUGGACGCAGGCAGCUCCCACAGACCCCCCUGACCCCUCGCCCCAGGGUGGCCUUCAAAACGGCAAACUCCUCCCCUGUGCACUUUGUGUCUGCCAAGUGUGGCAGCGGCCUGCCCACCCUGAGUCCUAGCCGGCUGAGCCGUGGGCUGUCCGAGCACAACGCCCUGCUGCACAGUGGCACCUCCCACAUCCCCUCCCCCAUCACCCACAUCAGCUCUGAGCCCUUCUUGGGCUACAGUCACAGUGACCCCCAGGGCCAGGGCAGCCCGUACUGCAGCCUCUGGGACGAGCUGCUGAGCCCCUAUGCUGCCAGAGCACGCUCCCCUUGGACUGCACGGCCUCAGAUGCGGCCGGGGGCCAUCCACCUGCCUCCGCCACCCCAGCAGAGACGUGCGGUGCCCAACGGAUACCACUUCACCUUUGGUGGUAAUGCCAACGCCAGCCUGGGCUCUGGCUCUGGUGCCAGGGCACCCAGGUACUAUCACAAGGCAGAGGAGGAUGAAUGGUGC